AUGACAAGCAGAUUUUCUGCUUGUGUGCUGGCUUUACUGCACUUCUGUCGUUCCUCUGACUCCUAUGAACCACCGACAUUACCUGAUGUUGGAGAUCCAAAGUUUAUUGAGGAAUGUGUGCGAACCCAUAACAGAUUCCGGUCUGGAGUGAAUCCACCAGCCAGCAACAUGCUCUACAUGAGUUGGGAUCCAGAUUUGGCAAAGACCGCGAAAGCUUGGGCAAAGAAAUGCCUGUUUAAACAUAAUACGUACCUCGAAGAUCCAGGGCAGGCUCACCCCAAAUUUAGCCCCGUUGGAGAAAACCUCUGGACUGGCUCCCUUUCCAUUUUCACUGUGCAAGGAGCCAUCACCUCGUGGUACAACGAGGUCAGCGCUUACAAUUACGCCACAAAUAACUGCAGAGGAGCAUGUGGCCACUAUACGCAGAUUGUUUGGGCUACAAGCUACAAGGUUGGCUGUGCUGUCCAUUUCUGUCCCAGGGUGGCGUACAUCUCCGUAACCAACGCAGCACACUUCAUCUGCAACUACGGGCCAGCUGGGAAUUACCCAGGGCGCCCGUACAAGACGGGAGCAGCGUGCAGCGACUGCAACGGCGAGCAGUGCGCCAGCCAGCUGUGUCAAAAUGCAGAGCGUGACAAAGUCAUUAGUGAUUCCAGGUGGCAUCCAGACUGGGACAGACCUGCAUGUGACGAGUACUGCAUCACCGUUAUUGCUUUAAGGCCGUUACUGCUUGUACUGACAAUUCUGGCCGCCUGGCUCCUACCAAAAUACCGGUCUAUAGCACCCGCCAGUGAGUGA